CCAAGUCUUCAUGACGUCAUCUUUACGCGCCGUGAUCGUUUCCGCUCAUCGAGGCAGCCUUGUUGUGUUUUCGUCAGAAUGGCCGCUGCAAAGAAAGAAAAAGGGAAGAAAGUUGUUCAUCAAGAGGAACUCCGGCGCUUGAUGAGGGAGAAACAAAGGCAAAGUUCCGAUAAGAAGCGCGUCGAGUCUCCCUUUGCCAAGUACAACAGCUUGGGUCACUUGAGCUGCGUUGUGUGCAACACGCAAGUGAAGUCUGAGCUGCUGUGGCCCGCUCAUGUUCUUGGGAAACAGCACAAGGAAAAGGUGAGCGAGCUCAAAGAGGGAAAACAAACUACGCAAAGUCAACCGGUGAAGAGAAAAGUGACGGAUGAAGACAAGGAAAUCAACGGGAAAAAGGCCAAACAAGCGCCGGGUGUGCGUCAGUCCACCGCGGCAGUACCUACAGAUUUUGGUGAGGAACCAGAUUCUGUCCAGAAGCCUGCAGGUGUUAGUCUCCUAGCUGGAGUCUAUAAUGAUGAUGAUGAUGAAAAGGAAACUGAGGUGACUGAGGAAGCAGGGGUGACCACCUCCAGCCCUCAGCCCCCAGUACACGACGGAUUACCAGCAGACUUCUUCGACAGCGCCAUCCCGGCAGCUCCUACUGUCUCCCACUCUGGCUCCAUCGUCAAGCCCCAAGCGCCAGAGAAAAGCACUGAGAAGAAGGACAACUCAGGCGAGGUGCUGCCCGAGGGCUUCUUCGAUGACCCGGUGCGCGAUGCUAAGGUGCGCAACGUGGACGCGCCCAAGGACCACAUGGACAAAGAGUGGGAAGAGUUCCAGAAGGAGAUACGGCAGGUGAACACCAAGUCGGAGGCGAUCGUGGCAGAGGACGACGAGGAGGGCCGCCUCGAGCGACAGAUUGAUGAGAUCGACGAGCAGAUCGAGUGUUACAAGAGGGUGGAAAUGCUGAGGGACAAGAGGGACGUGUUGAAGAGGUCUCGGCCCAGGAAGGAGGAACCCAUGGAGACGGAAGCCAGCAUGGAGGAUGAGGAGGAAGAAGAGAAUGAAGAAGAAGUGCUUGGACUUUUGUCCCAGGACUGGAGGGCCAAAGGGGCACUGGCAUGAUUCAUGUAUACAUUUUUGCAACUGGCUGAAGUGAUUGUACUUGUAUAGAAUGUUGAUAUUAAAGAUAACAAAAAGGGA